CACAAUUUCAGUCUUUCCAACUGUCAACACAAAAUCAACCCACACACAAACACACAAACACAAUCCUAACUAACAACUCAAGCAUGAUGACUGCCCGAACCAACGAAGACUUUCUCCUCAUGAACAAGCUACCCUCCUUCAGAAGGAUGGGUACCAUCACCAAGCUCUCUGCUGGGAGGCAGCAGUCCUUGCGCUUGGCUGAUGUCGCCGCAGUUGGUCCCACCCGACGCAACCGUGCCGCUGCCAAAAAACGCCAAAAUGGUGCCAAGAAGAUGAUUCAGGACUUUGUCGGUCAAAUGAUCAACUGCGAUACCCGAGCACAACGUCCCUUUUGCUCCAGCAGUGUCACCAUGCCCGAGUUUAACCCCGACGAUUCGUUUUGCUACGACUCUGAUGAGGAGUUCACUGAAGAGUUCAUGAUGACACCACCACCACCAACCACCAUGGUCCGUCAGAUCAGUGAUAACCAACCGUCAAUUCCUCUACGACGCAAAACUACCAAGGAAUUGAAAGAAGCAGACCGUCGUCCCAAGGCCGCCAUUCGUCAGUGCAGUGUUCGGAGUGAGCUUACCCGGUCCAACCACAACAAGAAGAGAGACAGUCCUCCAUCGCCACCCAGCCGAUCACGUCCUAGUUUGGUCGAUUCCAUUGUUGCAGAAGAUGCCAUCCCCUCCCUGCCAUGUCGAUCCCGCCCCAGUUUGACCAUUGAACUGUAGGGAUAUUCACUGCCAAGCCGCAUCUGCACUCAAUCGAACCCUCAAAAGAAUUAGAAUUUUGUAAACUAUUAGAUCCACGGUGAUAU